AGGCGCGGUACUUUGGAGCCCGUAAUGCGAUAUUUCGUGGCAGGUGGAAGCCACUCGUGCGCAAAGCUCAAGGGAAUUGAAGCGCCAGAGACGUUGGCGAUGGUGCUGAGAUUCAUGUCGCCAGUUAUGUUGUGGUUUAGAGACGACAUGGCUUUGCCAAAGAAAGAUAAGGCGCCUCCACAGCAAGCACCUCCGGCGGAGCGGCACGACUGAGACGCGUCCAACUGCGUUCCGAAUUGCAAAAAGUGAAAGCAAAAAGUGCUCAUGAAAAAUUACACCACCGUAGACCCCUGGGAGACAAAUGUAAACUACGUUGGCAAUUCGAACAUUUUUUUUGUACUGUUUCUUGCUUCUAGAAGUCUUUCUUUCUUGCCCGUCCAUGCGGCCACAGCGGCUCCUCCCGUGCGCCUUUCUCUUCUGACCUUUGCCUGGCUUGCCCUUCUUCAGCUUCCUCUUCAGCCCUGUGUGCACGUGGUGAAGGCUUGGAUUGGACCGGUGGUGGGCUGCGUUGACAUGAGUGUGAGGUGUUCACGAGUUUCAUAUGACAAUGAGGCUGACUAGGCUCAUGAGGUUCAUGAUUGGACCAGUUGACUUUGGUGUUUUACUUUGCUGGGCUAUGAGCCUUUGCAUUUCAAGCUCUUGUGUGCAUUGCCUGCGUUGCAGCCUGGCCGCCAUGGCAAGUCAUGCUCAAGCAAAGGAGGAGGCCAUUGCUGCAUUGGAACGUUACGAUGCUGGUCGUGGAGCAUUAGGUGAUCUAGCUCAGCCUGCCCAGCCAACCCUGCUGCAACUGAUGCACCUGCCACUGCUGGCGAGGACGCGCCUGCUGGAGACACUGAUGGGCCAAGGAGAACUCAGUGUGGAUUGAUUCUCAAUGGGUGCUUGACUGAGCAUGAAGUGCCAAACAUUCCAACAAUCAUCGCCUAUGAUACGCUACAAGAGUUGAACGCAGGGAACUUCUUAGCCAGAAGGAGCUUGGAAGAUAUGCAAGCGACAGAAGGACAAUAUUAUGUUGAAGGCAGGGAGCAACACCAUCACAAAAUUGAACCAUAUAAGCGUACAUCUUCUCGUUCUCCAUGCAACCUCGCAGCUGCUCCUUCAACGGCCAGCCUUGUUUCACAUCGAAUGAAGAAGUUCGAUGCUUGGGGGGGGCCAUCGCAAUGUCAAAGCGGUGGUUCACCACCCUUCAGUUUGAAUCCAAAUGAGGUACUUCGGAAUUCCCGCAUCAAAACGUGCAGCUUCAAGUCUUGGAGUGAAACUGACACGUCCAUCCUCAUGUUUCAGACCAGUUUUGGACUCUCCAAGACUCCAAUAGCUAAGCGAAGCGCUUUUAGACUGGAACGCAAAGCCGGCCCUUUCCGGAGGCGUUCCGGGACAGACUUCCAGUCGGGCACCGCUCGGGGGGG